CCUUCAGAUGGCUUCCGAUGAAAAUAUCGGUGCCGACGGUGAACAGAAGCCUUCUCGGCCGUUUUUGAGAAAAGGACAAGGAACAGCAAGAUUUAGAAUGCCUAGAAACAACAAAACAUCUGCUGGUGCACCUCCAACGUCGGAACUUUCAUCUGCUUCAAGUCCUUCUAUUAAUGUUCCUAGGUUUAGUCUGUCGAAUGCUCUCCCGAACUCUGCCCGAACCGUGGACAGUGGAAUAUCAAAUGAAGACGAGACCCGUCCACCAACCACCGCAUCUCUUCCAAUGGAUCAACCAUCAUUGUCAUCUUCGCCGGAAAAUCGUCUAAAUCCCGCACCUUCCGUUGCUGAAGAGCAUGGCCACAGUGGACAGCACGCUGAAGAAGAAGAAGACAAUGACACGGAUGAAGUAUCUGCAAUGCCUUCUUUUGUGCCUGAUGAACCUUCGACUCUUGUUAAUUCAGAUCAUGAAUUGUCUGAUGAUGCUUUAAAGUAUAAAAAUGCAGCUGCCGAAUUCAAAGCUUUUGAGAGAAGAAUGGAUUCGAUGAGAUCAGCUUCAACAAUCACAACAUCACUGGCAACGCCAUCAUCUUGUGCACCAUCAAACUCCUCUGAGCCUCCUACUCGGUCUACACCAAUUAUGAACGAUUUAGGCGUUGGCCCAAAUAAUCACAAUUGGCCGUCUUCAAUGCAAGAAUUAUCAGGAAUUUCUCUGGAAACACCACAGGCUCGACCGCUUGGCAGCAAUAGAAUUAAUCAGCUUGUUCGAAGUGAGGCUCAAACGGGAAUAAGCCUUUUACAACACCAUGAAAGACCUACUGUGACCGCCCCAUUGAGACGAAAUGAUAUGAUGAACUCAUCACGACAGAAUCCACAGAAUGGAAAUGUUCAAGAUGAAAAUCGACCCGAGCACGUUUAUGAUCAACCAAUACAUGUUCCUGGAUCAUCACUGGACCGACAGAAACUUGAAAUUGAAAUUCGACGUCAUCGUAACUUGAACAUACAACUGAGAGACACUAUUGCUCACUUGGAUUAUGCAGAAGAAUCCGUGCACACCACAAAACGACAGCUCGAAGAAAAAAUUUCCGAAGUCAAUAAUUUUAAGAAAGAACUGAUAGAAGAAUUUAAGAAAUGCAAAAAAGGAGUUGAGGAAGAAUUUGAGAAGAAGUUUGAGAAAAUUAAGGAAGAUUAUGAUGAACUUUACGAGAAAUUGAAGAGGGAUCAACGAGAUCUUGAACGAGAUCAGAAGAUAUUGAAGAAAGGAACGGGAGAAAGGAAUAAAGAAUUCACAGAAACGAUAGCCACUCUCCGCGACAAAUUAAGAGCAUCAGAAACCAAGAAUGCACAAUAUCGACAGGAUAUACGUGUUCGAGACGAAAAGCUCAAGAAAAAAGACGAGGAAAUCGAGAAGCUUCAGAAAGACGGAAACCGGCUAAAGAGCACUCUACAGACUUUAGAAAAGCGCGUAAAACAAUUACGUACUGAAAAAGAACGCGACGAUAAAGAAAAGGAGAUGUUCGCGAAGGUUGCAAUGAAUCGAAAAACUUCGAAUCCAGUGCCACCAGUUUUGAAUCAAAGUGUUCCAAUUUCGAUAACAUCAAAUGGUCCAUCUAGACAUCCAUCAUCAUCUUCGUUGACAACAUUUAGAAAACCAUCUACAUCAAAUCGAGAAAGAGGUGUUAGUUGGGCAGAUGAACCAAAUGAACAAUCAUUGGAAGCUGUACCACAGGAGUUUUUGAUGAUGCCAGUCAAAGAAAUGCCGGGAAAAUUUGGAAAAUGCACGAUCUACAGAGAUUCUCUUGGAGAAACAUCUAAAGUGACGGAUACAAUAGCUAACGGUCUUCUUUUCGAAUAUUCCAAUGGAGAUCUUCGAUGGGUUAAUCGGCAGAACGCUGUUAAUAUCUACAUAUCCGCAGUUGAUAAAACAGUCAGAAUUGAUCUCCCCACAUACAAUAUUUCAAUUAUUCAUACAUUUCAAAGGCAAGUUGAAGUACUUCGUCCUGGAAAUAACAUAACAUUGAUAAGUAUUAAACGACGAGAAGUUCGAACUGAUUUGAUUUAUCAAAACGGAAUGUAUAAAACUGAAAUCUUCAAUAGGGACGGAAGAUAUGUUACGAAGGAUUUUAGCAAUCAAGAAGUUUCGAGAAAAUACAAUCCCGGUACACACACAUAUCGCGACAAUCAAUGUCGCUACGUUCUCGUCACUGAUUACAACGAUUUUGAGCUCGUUGAGCCAGAAUUCCGUCUUCGUUGGUAUCAGGGAGAUCCGACUGGUCUCAACAAUCAGUAUAUUCUCAAGAUCAUUGGACGACCUGAAUGCAGCGAGAAAACAUUGAGACUUGAAGUGAAUCUUUCCACGUGUGAAGGUACAUUGGAAACUGCAGAGAUGAUAGGCGAUAAACGUCGGAAAACAACUUUGUUCCAGUGGAAAAAAUGAGAAAUUCCAACCCCUUUAUUUUAACUUGUGGUUUGUAUAUCUAUUCCAUUGACAUUAUUUUUCACUCCUGAGUGCUCUAAAAUUAUAAUUAAUUCUACCUCCUGUAAAAUCAUAUCAAAUAAUUCAAUCAUUUUUUACUAUCUCAAUUUUCACUUGCCCCCUCCCCCAUUUCUUUCAUAUUGAUCUUCAUGGUUAUUUUAUUGACUGUUAUAAACAAUUUUAACUUU